AUGGAGGUGAACAUCAGGGCGUUUUCAGAUGCACUAGACGGCAUUCUUGCAGCCAAAACAAGCUCUUCACAAACAGCACAUUCUGCAGCUCUUCACAAGAAGCCAUUCCCCUUUUCACAAUCAUGCGUUGAUCAUUCUCAAAACAAAUGUUCGAAACCAGCAGCACCAGAAGCAUUUCAAGCUUCUCUUUCAAAUAACGACCCUGAGGUUUUGGGUGAUGCAGCAUCCGUGAUUGAGCCUUCUAUGCAAACAGAAAAGCCUAUCGCUCCUCAAAAGAAGCCUACACAGCAACUACAGGCUUCCCCCAGCAAUGACUGUGAGAAGACAUUUUUUCUCAAGGAAGCAGAGAGAAAAAAUCGAUCACCCAAGAUUGCGAAGUUUCACAAACGUGAGAACUUACCACUACGGAGUGCAACAGUGAAAAGCUCUAAUACUACAGUAGAGGGAUUUCUUGAGCACCUCAAAAGUGCCGAGCUAGUUGCUUUCAAGGUUGUGGAAGCCACAGGUGUCGGUAUCGGGUCUGCGCUGCUGACGCCACAAAACGUCAGACUGUGGAUGUCGAGAUCUCAACUGCCGUCGAAGAGCUGGGUCACAUGCACUUCUUUCUCGCAUGAAGCUUGUGCAGUUUUUGAGCUUGAAAACCGAGCGGACAUGCGGAAACGUAGAGAACUGCUCUCUUACACGCACAACAAGGUAGUUGACCUGCCGGCAGGAGGCAGUACCGAUACUUAUGUGGUGCAGGACCUUGUUGCGGUGCUUGUCGUGGAGGAUGAUAUCGAGAGACCCUCGCUUCAUCUCGAUUCUGCAGCUUUUCCCAUUCAAGAAAGGCAUGUUUUCAGCGUUGUCAUUGAAACAUCUAGCUCCCGGCAUGGUGGCUUUCUUGUGCUUACUACUACUUCAGCUGCUCCCAGCUGUGUUACUAGUCUGAAGGUACCGGGCACUCAGCUCAACACCUUUCUGAAAAUCACAAUUAGUCCCCUGGCGAGUGAGGCUCGCCCAAAACUGAUCAAGGUGCGUGCAGUGUGCUUUUUUCGCUCAGACACAUGGACAACAGAGCGGGUGAUACCUUUACAGAAGGACGAUUCGUCUCUCAAGGAAGGGGUAGAAGCUGUAUUGCAAGAAGGCGCAAAGACAACGCGUCGAAGUGCCCACUCGAUCAGUGAAAGGCGAGGGGAGAGAUGCGCUGCAGAAACUGAACCAACACAGUCUCCAUUACUUUCCCUAAAGGGGCAUAGACAGGCGAAGAAAAGUGAGGGAGUUGCACACCUUGCUUCACUGGACCACGACUCUGGUGCUGAUGUUGCGGACUUUGUGAAAGCCAUUGCGCUUGCGAGUUCGCGACAAGACAACGCCGCACCGGAGCACUCAAGCUCGUGCAGUGGAUGUAGCGUCGAGUAUGACUGGUUUCUAGACAGAUUGGUGGAUGUCUCGGCGUCAAAGGACAAUUCAAAGGAUAAUGCUUGUCGAAAAGCAAACCUGCCUGAUGCAGGCAGUGAGACAGGUAGCGAGGCACCGGUACAGGAGUACAUUCGUACUCUUCAGGCGUGGAACGCUGUACCAGCUUUGAGUAUGAAAUCAGCACUAACCUAUUGCCUGUGCGAAACCACCUCCUUUUCGGCGAGCACAAUAUUUGCGACUAAGUUGUUUGGCUACGAAGCGCAAAAUCACCUUUCGCAGCCUUUCAAGCUUCAUUUUUUCGUGGUAUCUAACUUUGAUGACAUCGAUCAAAGCAGUGAGCAGGUGCGUUCAUCUGGUGUUCAUUUACCACCAGUGCACUUUUUGUCAGCAGUAGCUAGUCAAGCUGCAUCGUUAGGGUACACAACGGAGCUUCUUUUUACCUGCCCGGCGAACAAUGGGUUUGGCUGUGCACUGCGGCCACACAGUUGCACCUCCGGCUCUUCAGAUGCUCACUGCAAGCUUAUCUUUGUUGUUCCCGCGCACUGCAACGCUGAGAUGAACGAAGGCGGUAUCGCCAGUGUUACGAAGUGUCUAUUGCGCACUGCAUUGAGUAUUUUUUGUGAGUCCGCCGAUAAGCGGGGUAGCCGUCUGCGACAAGAUUGUGCCUUUUCUCGGCAUAGUACAAUGUCGUGCACGAAACCGUGUGGCGCAUUACGGCUACUGAUAGACGGCACGUGCUGCUUUGAUGAUCUAAUACCCGUUUUUGCGGAGUGGGCAGAAGUGUCAGGGAGCCUACGGUACUACGGAAGCGCGUCACAGCGUACUUUACAGUUACUCUUUUCCCCUUCCCUCUUGACUAGGAGUAGCGGUGGCGGCGAACAACUGGGUGACUUAUCUGAGCUUCGUCGCGAGGCACAGUGGUCCGGACUAAAUCUCCGGCUAUCGGGUCUCUGGCGGAGGGAUAUCAAUGAGGGGGAAAUUGCCUCUGACAACAUUGUAGCGUUGGAGGCUAACUACUACUGCCCCGCGACAUAUGUGUGGCAGUCGCGACGUGGAACACUGCGGCUGGUUCUUACUGAUAGUCACUUUAUGGAGUAUCUUCUGUGCGUUGAUGGGCUUGUGGCUCCUUCUCCUCUUGUGAGCCUCGCCACGAGCUACUACGGGAAGGAGGCGGACAGCACAACCCAUACCCUAUCGCUUACCACUCUGAGCGAGGCACCGUGGAUGAUGUUGUUGCAAACCUUCGAGAAGGUGCGCAAAAGCCCGGGCGUGUCGGCUGCAGCAUUGAGUGAGGGCGCUGCUGCCGAUUUCUUGGCCUUGCGCCGCCAUGUUACCGUCUCUUUUGCCUUUCACAUCCUUAGCACUGCUUUCAAACGUGGAUGGGCUCGCGUGAGUGCAAGCAUCCCGCUGUGCGACGGCCAUAUCCGAGAUGCAGCUGUUGAACUUCAAAAUGUGCAUGGUGCUUCUCUCGAAAAGGGGGUAAAUGGUGGAGGAGGUGUGCGCAGCUCUUUGGGAAUAUUGGAUGAGGACGCUUUUAUGGACACGCUGCUGCAGUGGCAGUACCCGUUUCCCAAUGUGGUCGUGUUACAUUGCACGGAUGUUCUACACCCAGGCCCGACGCCCUCGCCCGCAUUGACAGGAUCUCUUUGCACGUCCUCCUCAGGAGUACAAGAAGGUGUCUUGUCGCUUUUUUCGGAAGAAGUACUGCACUCUUUUGCCUUUGUCCCUAAACUAGAUGAGGCACUAUCUUUGCUCCAAGGUGUGACGUGCUUAUCAUAG